AUGGCUGAUGAUAUUGAUAUUGAAGCAAUGCUUGAAGCUCCUUACAAGAAGGAUGAGAACAAAUUGAGCAGUGCCAAUGGCCAUGAAGAACGCAGCAAGAAGAGAAAAAAGAGCAAGAGCCGAAGUCGAAGCCAUGAUAGGAAGAGGAGCAGAAGUAAGGAACGCAAACGGAGCCGAGAUCGGGAAAGGAAAAAGAGCAGAAGCCGGGAGAGGAAGCGGAGCAGAAGCAAAGAGCGCAGACGCAGCCGUUCCAGAAGUAGAGAUCGCAGAUUCAGAGGCCGCUAUAGAAGUCCCUAUUCUGGACCAAAAUUCAACAUUUCCAUCAGAGGGAAGAUUGGUCUGCCUCACAGCAUCAAAUUAAGCAGACGACGCUCCAGAAGCAAGAGUCCCUUCAGAAAAGACAAGAGCCCUGUUAGAGAACCUAUUGAUAAUCUUACCCCUGAGGAGAGGGAUGCUCGAACAGUAUUCUGCAUGCAGCUGGCUGCAAGAAUUCGACCAAGAGAUCUGGAAGAAUUUUUCUCUACAGUAGGAAAGGUCCGUGAUGUGCGAAUGAUUUCGGAUAGAAAUUCGAGGCGUUCAAAGGGAAUUGCUUAUGUAGAGUUUGUGGAUGUUAGUUCAGUCCCUCUGGCAAUCGGACUAACUGGACAGAGGGUCUUGGGCGUACCCAUCAUAGUACAAGCGUCGCAGGCAGAGAAAAACAGAGCAGCAGCAAUGGCAAAUAAUCUGCAGAAGGGCAGUGCUGGUCCUAUGAGACUCUAUGUGGGGUCAUUACACUUCAACAUCACUGAAGAUAUGCUUCGAGGAAUUUUUGAGCCAUUUGGCAGGAUUGAAAGCAUUCAGCUGAUGAUGGAUAGUGAAACUGGACGCUCAAAAGGAUACGGCUUCAUUACGUUCUCAGACUCUGAGUGUGCCAAAAAGGCCUUGGAACAACUCAAUGGAUUUGAGUUGGCUGGUAGGCCCAUGAAAGUCGGACACGUAACCGAGCGCACUGAUGCUUCCAGUGCUAGUUCAUUUUUGGACAGUGAUGAGUUGGAACGGACCGGAAUUGACUUGGGAACAACUGGUCGCCUUCAGUUGAUGGCAAGGCUUGCAGAAGGUACUGGCUUGCAGAUUCCCCCGGCUGCACAGCAGGCUCUGCAGAUGAGUGGAUCUUUGGCAUUUGGGGCUGUGGCAGAUCUGCAAACGAGACUGUCUCAGCAGAAUGAAGUUCUAGCUGCAGCAGCUUCUGUACAACCACUUGCAACACAGUGCUUCCAGCUUUCCAACAUGUUUAAUCCUCAAACUGAAGAAGAAGCUGGCUGGGAUACGGAAAUUAAAGAUGAUGUGAUCGAGGAAUGUAACAAACACGGAGGAGUUAUCCACAUCUAUGUAGACAAAAACUCGGCUCAGGGCAACGUGUACGUCAAAUGUCCUUCGAUCGCUGCUGCCAUCGCGGCCGUGAACGCGUUGCACGGGAGGUGGUUUGCCGGUAAAAUGAUUACAGCAGCGUAUGUACCUCUUCCAACGUACCACAGCCUUUUCCCAGAUUCGAUGACUGCAACCCAACUACUGGUUCCCGUUCGACGAUGAAGAUGGAUUUAGUCAGUUUUGUACAUAGUUAUUUUUUGGAGGAAGAUUGAGUUAUCUUUUAUUUAGAUAAAACUAAAGGAAAGGAUUUAAUGUCAUUUUGUGUACACUUCCUGCUAUCUUUAAAAAUAAAAUGAAGUAAGCAGAAAUGCAGUGUGUUCAUUCUCCCUAACUAGCAUUUCCACUGUAAACAAAGCUGUUGACUUCUUGUUCUGCCUUGUAAUUCUUGUACAUUUACUAAGGUGAUCAGUAGGACCCGAGAAGUAGCUCAUAGAAAACAAGUCUCUGUAAAAGGCAGAUGGGACAUAACGACAUUUUUAAUGUUUCACAAGCCUUUCUUUUAAUGCAGCAAUGACAUUUUACAUUUCACUAAAUGUAGGUGAUCCGCUAAAGGUUAAUAUCGGAGAUAGACUUUAUGAAGGGACAUACUUAGUGUUUUGUAUAAAUGGAAAAUUCAGGAGGCUACUGGAAGCUGACGAGCCAGCCACUCAGCUUUGCUUUGUGCUGAAUAAUCGGUAAGAAUAGAAGGAUUGAAGGGUUUUAUUUCUUGAUGGUAACUUUUGAUUAAUGUAUCUGUAAAAGUUUCUUUGUAAAUACUGUGUGAGGUGUGUCUAAGUUUCCAAACAAAACGAUCUCUGCAUUUCCAGAGAAGUUUCUAUGUACGCAGUGUGGCACAGUUGGAGGAUUUCAGCAGUCUGAAAAUCGGUAGGAAAUACAGAAACGUGUUUUGUUCUGGUUGCAUAUAAUCUUUGCUCUUUUUAAGCUCUGUGAGCUCUGAAAUAUAUUUUUGGGUUACUUCAGUGUGUUUGACAAGACAGCUUGAUAUUUCUAUCAAACAAAGACUUUCAUAUUGCAACAAUCUUUGUAAGAACCACUCAAAUAAAAUUCUCUUAAAAAGGCCAUCA